AUGUAUGCUUUCGACUUUCAAGGACAACAUCCGGCGUCAUUUCGAGAGCUCAAGUCGACGACUUCCAAGGUGCAUUUCGUUAGGUGGGUGGUGCCUUGGUCGUUUGGCGGUGUUGGCGUCUGGCGGCCAGAGCUUCAUCGCGGUUCUCGGCCUUUCCCCCUUGUGUUCUGGCGUUGGGUCAGGGAGGACCGUUGCUCUGUCAUUUGGCCAGUGAUGUUGGACGGGAUGGCGCGCGAAACCCUUACCCUGAGUUUUCUGUACAAGAUGACAGGAGGAAAAUCGAAGGCCGAUUCCAGGAAGGCCGACAGCAGGCUUGCUGUGAAGAAGCAGACUAAAAAGGCUAAGAAAGCUGCAAAAGAUCCAAACAAGCCGAAGAGGGCUCCAAGUGCUUUCUUUGUGUUCAUGGAAGGCUUCAGGAAGCAGUACAAGGAAAAGAACCCCACCAACAAAUCUGUUUCUGCUGUUGGUAAAGCUGGUGGUGAAAAGUGGAAAUCCUUGAACGAAGAGGAAAAGGCGCCCUUCAAUGCAGAGGCUGAAAAGCGCAAGAGGGAAUACGAGCGCAAAAUGGAAGCAUACAACAAAAAAUUGGCUGGCGGAGAUGAUGAUGAGUCCGACAAGUCGAAGUCAGAGAUUAAUGAUGAGGAAGAUGAGGAAGGAAGUGCAGAGGAGGAAGAAGAUGACGAUUAA